AUAUCAAUUGAAUCAUCGACCAUCUACAAAAUCAAUAAUGGUCACAAAAACAAAAACAUUAAGGUCUCUAUCAUUGACGCUUCUCUUGUUCAUCCUCGUAUCUACGGUCUCCGUGACCUCAGCACUAAGAAACCUCUCGCGGGCAGCUGAAAACAAAGGAGUAUGGUGCGUGGCGAAUAAUAAAGCAACAGAUCAGCAGCUACAAGACACUAUAGACUGGUGUUGCAGCGACGCAGGAGGAUUCCGUGAUUGUAGACCGAUCAAUCCCGGUGGAGUUUGCUAUGAACCAAAUACACUAAGAGACCACGCGUCGUAUGUAAUGAACUCGUAUUACCAGGAACUUGGUAGCACCAAAAAGCAAUGCACUUUCAGCGGUACUGGCACUGAAGUUCGUCACGACCCAAGCCAUGGUGCUUGCGUUUACGUAUCUUAUUAAGAUCUAUGCAUGUAUAUAUAUAUAUAUAUAUGUGUGUGUGUGUUGGAACUUGUUAAUUAAAGCCGAAGCUCCAAAUAAUUUAUAAAAUAUUAUAUAAGCUGGCAUCAAACUUCUCUAAUAUCUAAUAUAAGUUAUUCUGUUA